CCGCUAUGGUGUGGAACUGUUUAACUAAACUACAGGCGAAGUCACAAAUGACAGAAAACGUUUACAAGGAAAGACUGUCAGGUUGAUUCCGCUUCUUUUGGGAUACUUUCUCUGUCUGAUGAACUCUUAGAAAUGGUUUUAACAACUGCUGAAGUACAUGAUUGUGACAUUCUGAAGACAUUUAAAUUUUUCUUAUUAGCCAUCUAAGCAACUCAGUGUAACUACUAGUGUCUGUGUAUAUUCUGGUGGAGAACAUAACUGAAGAACUGUGGAAACACCUUUAGAUUGUGCCAUGGAUUGCAGUGAUAAAGAGAGUAGAAGGUGUAAGCAUGGCCUGAAUUUGUUAAAUCGAAUUAACAGAUUAAAAGAGUCGUCUGAAUUAAUUGAUGUGAUUUUAGUGGCAGAAGGAGAGCAGUUUCCAUGUCAUAGGCUUGUUUUGUCUUCAUUUAGUCCAUACUUUAAAGCAAUGUUUACAUGUGGUUUACAAGAAUGCAACAAGAAGGAAGUGAUAUUAUAUGAAACAACAGCAGAGAGUGUAUCUGUUAUUCUAAAUUAUAUGUACAGUUCAGAUUUACAUUUUACCAAUUCCAGUGUCCAAGGCAUUGCUGUGACUGCAUACCUUUUUCAAAUGGAAGACAUCUUUACUGCUUGCCAGAGAUACAUGGUGGAUCAUAUGGAUGCUUCCAAUUGCAUAGGAAUUUACUAUUUUGCAGUGCAGCUUGGAGCAGAAGAAUUAUCUUCUUUAGCAAAAAAAUAUUUAUAUCGGCAUUUUGCUGAGGUGUGCCUACAGGAAGAAAUACUAGAAGUUGAAGUUCAUCAGUUGCUAUCACUAAUCCAGUCAGACGAUCUCAAUGUUUCACGUGAGGAAAGCAUUUUGGACUUGGUUCUUAGAUGGGUGAAUUUCAACAGAAAGACAAGAGCAGAGCACUUUCCAAAGCUCCUUAAACAAGUAAGACUAACUCUUGUAAGCCCCACAUUCCUUAGCGAAGUGCUUAGAAGGAAUACUGCACUUGUAAGUAACUCAGAAUGUCUAGGCAUGUUUGAAAGUGCUUUAGAAUGCAUCCACAGAUCCAGAGAGCAUACUCUCACUCUUCGGUAUGGCAUGGAAACUACAGAACUGCUGCUUUGCAUUGGCAAUAAUGGUUUGGGAAUUAAAUCCAGACAUGGUAGUUAUGCAGAGGCUAGCUUUUGCUAUGAUCCUUUAAGAAAGCGGACCUAUUUCAUUACUUCCCCCAGAUAUGGAGAAGCCUUAGGAAAUGUCUGCGCUGGUGUUAUUACCGAAAAUAACGAACUCAUUAUAGCUGGGGAACCAAGUGUAACCAGACUAUCAAGGCAGAAGAACAAGACUGUGGAUCUAUGUAGGUACCAUGUAAGAGGAAGUCAGUUCUGGGAGAAAUUGUGUUCUGCUGAAUAUAGAGAGUGUUAUGCCUUGUCGUGUGUUCAGAAUGACCUGUACCUUCUGGGAGGACAAAUGAAAAUUAAGAAUCAGUAUAUGAUCACUAACUGUGUUGAAAAAUAUUCCAUGGAGCUCAACAGUUGGAGAAAUGUAUCACCAUUACCAAUACCACUGGCUUGCCACACUGCAGUUACUCUGAAUGAUAAAAUAUAUGUGACAGGAGGAUGGACACCACAGGUGACUCUUCCUGAAGAUGAACCUGAGCGACUUAACAACAGAAUGUUUCGGUACGACCCUUCACAGGAUGCAUGGACAGAGUGUGGGUUGAUGACAUUCUCCAAAUAUCGUUUUGGUAUUGCAGUAGUCAAUCAUGAGAUAUAUGCAUUAGGUGGGAUUGGCUGUUAUGGUCGAGACAGAGGCCAGGCUCGAAGGUGUCUUGAUGCAGUAGAAAUUUACAAUCCAGAUGGAGAUUUUUGGAGAGAAGGACCCUCUCUACCUUCACCAUUUUUAUCCCUAAGAACCAACUGUACGAAUGCAGGGGUUGUGGCUGGUAAACUAUAUCUGUGUGGAGGAUUCUAUGGUGCAGAUCGCCAUGAGGUCAUCGUUAAAGACAUUCUAGAGUUGGACCCAUGGGAUAACCAGUGGAAUGUGGUGGCUCAUAAGGCUCUCAUGCAUGACAGCUAUGACAUCUGCCUGGUGGCUAAACUUAAUCCAAGAGAUCUUAUUCCUCCACCUCCUGACCUUGUAGAUGAAUAAUGAAGAAAAUGAAAUGUCCUGUUGGCUGCUGUUAAUAUCAUGCAUUAAGAAAUCCUUCUCAUGUCUAAAAGUAAAACAUUGUGGUCAUAUUUACAGUCAUGUUAGUAUGUAUUUUUUCUUGUAAUAUUAUUCCUCAUCAGUCCUCAUUCUUUAUUUGCAGUAGCCUUAGGGAUAUAAUCCAGCUAUUUCAGCAUUGGUUGCACUGGACAGUCCUCUUUUCAUUGGUUUUCUUUAGCAGUAGACCAUUGGUGUUGUGGCCCUGUCUUUUUAAGACUCCUGAAAUGUGGACAGAUAUCUAACUACUAUGAUCUAGAGAAGUCACAGAUCUGCAGAAUUAAAUCCAGAAGUCUGAGCAACCUUGCACGCAUUAAGUUGGUGUUGCAGCAAGUGUCUCACAGUUUAAUGAACCUGGAGGGGUGUAGUUUUACACAAACACUCUGUCCUAUUACCUAAGCCCUUUUCACUAAGCAACAGCUUAUAUUCACUCAUUCAACACAAGCCAUAUGCAGGACAUUAUGAUACACUAUUGCUUUCAAUAGAAUAAUUACUUGAACUUGUAUUUUAUUAUGUUUGUAUUCCGAAUUCCCAUUUUCCAUAUGUCUUACUUUGCACAACAAAGUGGUUGGUUAAUAUAAAAAAGAGAGUGUGUGUGUUAGACAUGGUCUGGUGUUGAUUAUUGCUGUACUACAGAUGAUUAACUGUACGGUUUAGGCUGGCAUCACUUAUUUCAGCUAUAUUACCUUUCAAAAUUAUUUUUUUCACAGAAUACUGUUGCUUUAAUUUAUAUGAAGCCUGUCAGGAAUAAUUGAUUUGUUGUCAUAAGUAUAUUGUUCGCUACUGAUUGACUGUUUGUGUGUUCUACUUUGUUUACCUGCCUGUAUGCAUAAAUAUUAAGAUUUAAUUUUAUUGCAUUCUCCAUUGAUAGAUAACAUGCAUAUACUUUUGGUAUCCAACUGCAUAGCUAGAAGUCUUUAUAAGUAAAGAAUGCAGUACUGUAAAAUUGGUGCACACUGUUAAUAUUUACUUCUCAUAUGACAAAAUGAUUUAUACACAAAGUGCUUUGCUGUAUUCACAUUCUCAUAUUAGUAGGAUAUCUGAGGGACAGGUUAGCUAACAGUUAGGCAUUACAGCUGAGUAUACUUUGAGAACAGUAUUUCAAUAGGAUUACCAAACUUGAGAUACGUAAUAUGAAAUAUAAUGACUUGAGAUUGUAUGUAUUCUGCUCUGUUAUGUCAGGUUAGGUCCAUUUUGUUGAAAACAAUUGUUUUGUCAAAUGGAACAAGUUAUUGAUGCUUUUCCAUACAGAGUAGUACAACCCGAGAUUUUGGAGGGGGCUGUGCACCUCUGCCUCUCAAUGUGCAAGGAUUUGAACCCUGCACCCCUUCAUUAAAUAUGCUAGCUUCAGGAUUACAUUACUUUAUUGAAAGGGCACAAUAAUUUCAGUGUAUCGUACUACUUAAAGCAAUUGCUGUCAGUCUAACAGGCUGCUUCCACUAGCUUGUUUAACUUUUACAGAAAACUUUUCUAAUGCAUCAUUAUAUUUCACUGAAGGCAUAUCAGCUAGAGUACAAUGUAUGUAACAAUGAAAGGUAAACAAUUGCACUUACUCAUGGGCAUCUGCUAUCCGUAACAAGAUUUAUCUUGCAAUAAGAAGCAUUUUGGUAUAGAUGCAAAAAAAGCCUUAUGAAAAAGGUCUAACCAAUUUGAGGUCAUAUAAUUGCUUUUUUAAUUUAUUUUAGCAUUAAUAAAAUAAUGUUUGCAACAUUUUGCCUGAUAUAUAGUGCAUGUGGUACUGAUACAUGUUCAGACAUGGGUGUUUUUCAUAAGUUAAUGCCUGUCUUCUUUCUUAUGCUUGACACCUUUCUAACACAGCACUAACGUGUAUCAAAACGGACAUUUUUUGAGACAGCACUGAUUAAGUUGAAGCUUGCAUUAAGACGGAAUAUAGAACAACUGAGUAUGUAACUUGCUUAUCAUCAUACAAAAUUAAAUGAGGAUUGAUUGAAUUUAAA